AUGGACAUCCCCGGCAGCAGCAGAGACCUUCGCUGCCUGCAGCUGGCCUGUGUGGCCCUCGGCCUGGUGGCCGGCAGCAUCAUCAUCGGCGUCUCCAUAUCCAAGGCUGCAGCUGCCGUGGGCGGCGUCUUCAUCGGUGCUGCUGGGCUGGGGAGCCUAAGAAUCCACCCCCAUCCAGGGCCAGACCAGGGGGAAGGAAGAUCCAGCACCAACGGCAAUAAAGACGGAGCCCGCAGUGGCCUGUCCACCGUGAGCAGGACCCUGGAGAAGCUGAAGCCCGGGGGCCGAGGGGCUGAGGAGUCCUGA